AUGAGCUAUACCAGUGAAAUUGCACAGCGGAAUCACAGCAUGCUGACCUACUUCAUUUUCUUCAGAUUCUGGAGACAUCCAGAGACCCGAGCAAUACUUUGUGUAGGUUUCUCCAUUAUCUAUACCAUUGCCCUGACAGGAAACCUCCUCAUCAUCUUCAUGACAGUACUGGACCCAGCCCUCCACACCCCCAUGUAUUUCUUCCUUCGGAACCUAUCCUUCCUGGAGAUCUGCUACACCUCGGUCACCAUCCCUAAGAUUCUGGUUAAUUUAAUCUCUGAGGAGAUGGCCAUCUCCUUCACUGGAUGCGCUGCCCAGAUGUAUUUCCUCCUUUCUCUUGGGACGGCAGAAUGCUACUUGCUGGCUGCCAUGGCCUAUGACCGCUACAGAGCCAUCUGCUCCCCUCUGCACUACACCCUUCUCAUGAACCAUAGGGCCUGUGCCAAGAUGGCCACUGCCUGCUGGCUCUGCGGAAUUCUGAUGCCUCUGGGCAACGUGGCUUGGAUCUUUUCCUUGCCCUAUUGUGGGCCCAACGAGGUCAACCACUUCUUCUGUGAUAUCUACCCAGUGCUGAAGCUGGCCUGUGGGGACACUUCGAGGAACGAGGCCUCCAUCCUAGCCCUCAGUGUUUUGAUCAACCUGUCCCCCUUCUUGCUGGUUGUGGUGUCCUAUGCUCGAAUACUCUCCAGCAUCCUGAAGACCCCAUCAGCUGAGGGAAGGCAUAAGGCCUUCUCAACCUGCUCCUCUCACCUCACCGUGGUCACCUUAUUCUAUGGCUCAGCCUGUGCUAUUUACCUGCGGCCGAAGUCCAACCACACAGUGGAGGUGGAUAUGUUGAUCUCUCUUUUUUAUUCUGUCCUUGCUCCAGUGCUGAACCCUGUGAUCUACAGUCUGAGGAACAAAGAGGUGAAGAAUGCUCUGAGCAGACUCAGGGGAAGAAGGAGGUUUUCAUAA